ACGGCUCCCAUGCGGUGGCUCCAGAUAAGUGACCGUUGUGGGCCCCUUUUGAAAAUAUAUAGCCGUUGUAAAACCCACCAGUUUUCUCACCAUCCAAACACCAUCCUCAUCACCAACACAAAAAGGGUGAAAUCAAAAUCAAAUCUUGAAUUUUGAUUGUCAACAACCAUGACUGUUGAAGCUGUGGAGAGGGCUGAGUUUGUGAUCUCUCAAGAAGAACCCAAGAAGGUUGUUGCAGAGACUGAAAAGGCUGUAGAAGAAGUGAAGCAAAUGGAUUAUUCCAAGCCCCAAAUAGUACAGAAGAGCUCUUCCUAUAGGGAAGAAAGUAACUUCCUCUCUGAUCUCAAGGAGUUUGAGAAAAAGGCUCUGAAUGAACUAAAGGCGAAACUUGAAGAAGCCAUUCUUGGGAACACUCUGUUCAAGAAAGACGAGCCAAAGAAGAAUGAGAAGGAGAAGCCAGAAGUAGAAGAGAAAGAGAAGGAAAGUGAAACCAAAAAGGGUGAAGAAGAGGCUGGAAAAAUUGAAGAAGUGAAACCAAAGGGAGAAGAGAAGGAAAAUGAACCAAAAGAAAGCGACGAAGAGAAGAAACCCCAGGUGGCUCUUGAGGAAAAGAGUAUUGAAGUCGAUAAAGAUAUCUCCAUUUGGGGAGUUUCCCUUCUUCCCAGCAAAGGCGCAGAGGGUACUGAUAUGGUGCUCUUGAAGUUCUUGAGGGCUAGGGAGUUCAAGGUCAAUGAUGCCUUCGAGAUGCUCAAGAAAACGCUUCAAUGGAGGAAAGAGGCCAACAUUGAUUCAAUCUUGGGCGAGGAGUUUGCCUCAGAUCUAAGCUCUGUUGCAUACAUGAAUGGCGUGGAUCGUGAAGGUCAUCCUGUUUGUUACAACAUUUUUGGAGUGUUUGAGAAUGAGGAGCUAUACACCAAGACUUUUGGGACCGAGGAGAAUCGCGGGCAGUUCUUGAGAUGGAGGUUCCAACUGAUGGAGAAGGGCAUUCAAAAGCUUGAUAUGAGGCCUGGUGGGGUUACUUCUUUGCUUCAAAUCAAUGAUCUAAAGAAUUCUCCUGGAGUCUCAAAGAAAGACCUAAGGGUUUCCAUGAAGCAAGCUGUUGGGCUUUUGCAGGACAAUUACCCUGAAUUUGUUGCCAGAAAUAUAUUCAUAAAUGCUCCAUUUUGGUACUAUGCUCUGAAUGCUCUCCUGUCUCCUUUCUUAACCCAAAGAACUAAGAGCAAAUUUGUCAUUGCUCACCCGGCCAAGGUGACCGAAACCCUUCUCAAGUACAUUUCUGCUGAGGAGAUCCCAGUGCAGUAUGGUGGCUUCAAGAGGGAGAAUGACUUCGAGUUCUCCAAGGCUGAUGAUCCGGUUUCAGAACUCACCGUCAAGGCCGGAUCAACUGAAACCAUUGAGAUACCUGCAGCUGAGGUUGGAUCUACAUUGGUAUGGGACUUGACUGUUUUGAAUUGGGAAGUGAUUUACAAGGAAGAAUUUGUGCCCAGUGAUGAAGGUUCAUACACUAUCAUUGUCCAGAAAGACAAGAAGAUGGGUUACAAUGAAGGACCAAUCCGCAACACUUUCAGGAACAACGAAACUGGGAAGAUUGUUCUGACGAUAGUGAAUAGCUCGAACAAGAAGAAGAGGGCUUUAUAUCGAUACAUGAUCAAGAACUGCUUGCACUGAAUAUAUAAUAUUGUUUCAUUUUUUGGUCUAUUUAUAUAGAUAUUAUUUGUUAUUCCAUUCUUUUAUUGAUUGAAACUGUUUGAGGACAUCAUUCUUUUGUUCCAGGAUGAACAUGAUCUGUUAUUUGAUACCUCUUUUUCUCCUCUUUUGAGGAUUUUCUUGCUGCAGAUUUGUGAUUGCAGUACUGUUUGUUAAUGAAAAUUUAUUGAGAUUUAUUUGCACUUA